CAUGUGUGAUGAUGUGGCGUUUGAUUAGGUGCUGCACAGAGUUUAAUGACACACUUUUGUGAACUCGGUAAUAGGCCCAGGGGCUCCAUACAAACACAAUAAUAAUCAUUGCCGGAAAUUCUCUGCAUCAUGUAGCUGGUCUCAUGUCAUUUAAGAAUGAAUUUAAUCAUAUGUACUACAUUAUUUAUGUAUUUCGACUAGCUGUGAAACGGCCUCUAGAGCUCUGAUCUCUGUGUUAUCUAAAUUUGUCACGACAUCGCUGUUGUUUCGUUUCGUCGGUGUGGAUACACGGUGUAUUAUCUGCGAACUUUUCGAUUAUUCUGUAUGGCUAAAAGGUGGUCGACGUGGAUAGUUUCAUGCUGACGGAAUUAUUUGUUGGACGAGUAAACUGGUAGAUGAAGUACGAUAUCUAUGAUGAUGGAAGGUGAUGAUACAGUUUCUAAUUCCAAAGGGAAUGUGGUAUUUAAAGCUUGGAAACGCCUACAACAGAUCUACCAGAAGAUGCUAGAUGAUGUUACACCAUAUGCAAUGGCAAGGUGGCUGUUUGCAGCUGUUCUAACAUUAGCCUUCCUAGGAAGAGUUUUUCUGCUGCAGGGAUGGUACAUUAUUACAUAUGCUUUGGGGAUUUACCACUUAAAUCUGUUCAUAGCAUUCCUUUCACCCAAGAUAGAUCCUGCAUUAGAUUAUGAAGAUGAAGGUCCAGAGCUACCCACAAGGGCAAAUGAAGAGUUCCGACCAUUCAUCCGCCGACUUCCCGAGUUCAAGUUUUGGUAUUCGGUGACAAAGUCAACAGUGUUUGCAGUAAUCUGCACGUUCUUUGAUUGCUUCAACAUUCCUGUCUUUUGGCCAAUUCUUGUCAUGUAUUUUAUCACCCUCUUCUGUAUUACCAUGAAGAGACAAAUUAAGCAUAUGAUUAAAUAUCGGUACCUUCCAUUCACACAUGGGAAACCAAAGUACCAGGGGCACGAAGACUCUGGCAAGGUGAUUAGUUCUAAGUGACAUUAAAAUUAUGGAUAAUUCGGGUGGUGAAAUCAGUAAUAUAGAUUUGAAAAGGUCCCACUGUGAUGGGAAUACGUGAUCCAGUUUGAGGUAGAACAAAAUUGGAAUGGCUUCAAUUAUUGCUGAUUCAACACUGAAUUUGAGAAGCAAUUUGAAAUAGGAAAAGUGAGGAUUGCGAAAGAGAGUGUGUGCUGACAUUAAGAAAUUAUAACACCUGUUUCUUUCCUAGUCACCUGUGAUGGACAUGAUUUAUCAUUUUUGGUCAUCUUAGUGCUACACAUUUUGCAUUUGUGUGUUUUUACUUAAUGUAACAGUUAUCUCAUUCUUGAAAAUAAGGAAAUUACACAUACAGAAAUAAAUUUAUAUACAUUAAGUAUGUUGCAGGCAUUUCAGUUAAACACUUCAAUGAAACUGUAGUGAAAUUUAGGGUUAUUGUUUUAUUUCAUUGUAGUCGGAAAAGGUUUCGUUGGUGCCCGGAGCAGUAAGAGAAGAAUGAAGCAUUCUUCAGUCCUCUAAAUGUUGUUAUGAUGAGGUAAUAUUUGCUCAGAGUUCAGCAUUAGGUUCUUUGUAACAACAUAACUCAUAAUUAAAACAUUUAACAUGCAUUUUCUUUAUGUAUUUUAUUCACAUUACCUCUGUUCUAAUUUUAUGCCAAUAAUAAAACACAGUGUGUGUUGUGC